GGUUAGAGUUUUGGGAGACCGCGACUUUGUUGAUUUUGUGUCUCUCUUGUCUUUCGUUUCCUCUGUGAUUGUGAUUAGCAGAGAAGAUGAUUCACUCCUCUACUCCCGAACCCACCAUGGAUCCAGGCUGCGCUUCUCCUCCUCAAUUUCCAGGCCAAAGUUUGUCUUCCUCUCGAAUCGAUAUUCCGGCGACGCUUGCCGGCGUCUCAUCUGUAAAUGGAGUCCAUUUCAAACAGAUGCCUCUCUCAACUUCCGAUCCUCUUCUACCUCUCUUCAACCUUUCGAUGCUUCAGCAGAAGAUGGACUCGCUUCAGCGUUUCCUCUCUGAAUCUGUCCAUAGCAACACCUUGAUCGGUCGAGAUCAGAUGGACAUGGUAUCUAAUGAGAUCGUUUCCGCUAUUCACCAGGUCAUCGUCAACGGCGCCUCUCUCCUCGCUUCUUCUCAACCUCAAACCCAUCUCAAUCUCAGUCCCCCCCAAGCUCAAGCCCCUCCGAUUCUUCCCGAUGUGAAGGUUUCCACGACUUCUCUUGUGCUUAACGGUAAAAAAGCUGUUUCUUUUGUAUCAACUAAAGGCGAAAGUAAAGUGAGUGGUGUCAAGGCGAAAAGGGUUUUAGAUUCGAAAGUUGCAGGACCUGACGAAGGUAGGAAGGAUGAGAUGGGUGAUGGCGAUUGUGAAAUCGUGGAGAUGGAUGCGGUAGAAUUACUGGCGGAACACAUACAUCGCUGUGAAAUUUGUGGGAAGGGAUUCAAGCGAGAUGCGAAUCUAAGGAUGCACAUGCGUGCUCAUGGGAACCAGUUCAAAACCCCAGAAGCCCUAGCGAAACCAGAGAAAUGGGACGAUUCGCUGCGGAAGAUUCGGUUCUCUUGCCCCUUCGCGGGUUGUAAUCGGAAUAAAUUGCAUAAGAAAUUCAGGCCUUUGAAAUCUACAAUAUGUUUGAAGAAUCACUUCAAGAGGAGCCAUUGUCCAAAGCUGUUCGCUUGUAAUCGUUGUAACAAGAAGAGCUUCUCGGUGGUGGCUGAUCUGAAGAGUCACCUGAAACACUGUGGGGAGUCGAAGUGGAGAUGCUCGUGUGGGACGAGCUUCUCGAGGAAGGAUAAGCUGUUUGGUCACAUGGCUUUGUUCCAGGGUCACAUGCCUGCUGUUACUGUAGAAGAUGUUGAGGUAAAAGAAGAGGCAGGGAGAGAAGAAGAUGAAGAUAUGGAAGAGGAAGAAGAAGAAGAAGAAGAAGAGGGAGAAGAGGAAGGAACAACCCAAUUACGAGGAAAAGAGGGAGGAGAGCCUUUACUGCCUAAUUACUCUGACGAUGAGUUGUUCGAGGGUCUGCUUAAUGGGUUUGGGACGAUGGAAGGUGGAUCUUAUUUAACAGAUAUGUUGGGAUCAUCUGGUUUGGAUGUGAACAUGGAUGAGUUGUAUGGGAUGUAGUUCUCAUUGAGAAGACUCCACGGCUACCACAGUUGCCUGUUUCUGUGACUUUUUUGGUUUCUCUCUUUUCUGCAGCUCUCUCUCUAGAUCUGUACAUAUAGUUUGCUGUGUAAUAAUGUUGCAUCUUGUCAUCACUUUUUUUUUUGU